AUGACCCCGGCGGGUCUGGCCGCGGGCAGCGUGCCCGUCACGGUGGACAUCGACGCUGCGGAGCUGCGGAACCCAGAGGUGCGCUUCAACUACACCGAGGACCCCACCAUCACCAGGAUCGAGCCCGACUGGAGCAUCGCCAGGAUCGUGUGCCUCCUGGGAGAUGCCACGGCCUACCCGGCGCAGCAGACCACUAACCUGGAGGUGUGCGUUAAGGAGUGCCAACCAGAGUACAGGGCCCUCAAACCACGCGCAUUCACCUUCGUGUCCCCGUUCUUCCUGCGCGUGGUGCCGGCUCAGGGACCGAUCUCCGGGGGGACCCGCAUCACCAUCGAGGGAAGCCACCUGAACGCGGGCAGCUCGGUGGCCGUCAGCAUCGGACGACAACCCUGCCUCGUCAAGAAGCGGACUCCUAAAGAGAUCGUGUGCAUGACCCCGGCGGGUCUGGCCGCGGGCAGCGUGCCCGUCACGGUGGACAUCGACGCUGCGGAGCUGCGGAACCCAGAGGUGCGCUUCAACUACACCGAGGACCCCACCAUCACCAGGAUCGAGCCCGACUGGAGCAUCGCCAGGUGUUAA